GCGACAUCACUUUGUUGGAACUGGACACGUCGUGCACAUGUAUUUUGAACUUCCUAAAUAAGGCUGACCUUUUUUUUAAUAUAUCUUGCUCCAGCCCAUAUUUAUCUCGCCUUCCCUUCAAUCCACUCACUCUGGCCCAUUUUCUUAAGAGGCUGCAACUCUAGAUUUUCUUUGCGCAUGGUCGUUCUCAUAACCUCUUGCGCUUCCCUGAAUUCGCAGGACACUCGACAGGGCUUUCGAGUUUGAGCUUUUCUUCUCUGAAAACCAACCACUUUUCUAUCUUUAAAAUACCAGCCUCUUGGGUUUAGAGACUGCCUUCGCUUUCUGACAAAGAGCGACACUUUUCCACUAUACUGCACCAGCCGGAACACGGCAGAAGUGCAAUAAUGGACAACGCCUUCGCGCGAUCGUCCCAAGAGGUGCUCAGCACUCUGGGCGUAAAUCCAGCAACUGGGUUGACAGAUGCCCAAGUCAAAAGCUUACAGGCGAAGCAUGGUAAAAAUGCUAUCGCCGAAGAACCACCUACUCCAUUAUGGGAACUCAUCCUUGAACAGUUCAAGGACCAAUUGGUCCUGAUCCUUCUCGGUUCCGCCGCGGUUUCCUUCGUUUUGGCUCUCUUCGAGGAGGAGGGUGGAUGGAGCGCAUUCGUCGACCCGGCCGUCAUUCUCACCAUCUUGGUUCUCAACGCCGUCGUCGGAGUCUCGCAAGAAAGCAGCGCCGAAAAGGCCAUUGCCGCCCUUCAGGAAUACUCAGCCAACGAGGCCAAUGUUGUGCGCAAUGGGCAGCUUCACAGGAUCAAGGCUGAGGAGUUGGUUCCGGGUGACAUUGUGGAUGUUUCUGUUGGCGCUCGUAUCCCUGCCGACUGCCGCUUGAUUUCGAUCCACAGCAACAGCUUCGCUGUCGACCAGGCCAUUCUUACCGGAGAAAGCGAAAGUGUGGGCAAGGAUAGCGAGGUUGUUGUCAAGGAUGAGAAGGCUGUGAAGCAGGACCAGGUCAAUAUGCUUUUCUCAGGCACUACCGUCGUCACCGGCCACGCCAGGGCUGUGGUUGUCUUGACUGGUUCCAAUACGGCGAUUGGCGACAUUCAUGAGAGUAUCACGGCGCAAAUCUCCGAGCCGACCCCUUUGAAGCAGAAGCUCAAUGAUUUUGGUGACCAGCUCGCCAAGGUCAUCACUGUUAUCUGCGUUCUCGUCUGGCUCAUCAACAUUCCUCACUUCAGUGACCCCAGCCAUGGAAGCUACGCCAAGGGUGCCAUCUACUACCUCAAGAUCGCUGUCUCGCUUGGUGUUGCUGCUAUCCCGGAAGGUCUGGCUGUAGUCAUUACCACUUGUCUCGCUUUGGGAACUCGCAAGAUGGCAGCCAAGAACGCAGUUGUCAGAAGCUUGCCCUCUGUUGAGACCCUUGGAAGCUGCAGUGUUAUCUGCUCCGACAAGACCGGUACUCUUACUACUAACCAGAUGAGCGUCAGCAAAGUUGUCUAUCUGAGCGCCAAUGGCACUGGUUUGGAGGAACUGGAUGUCGAGGGAACCACAUUCGAACCUCGGGGCGAUAUCAGGUCUAACGGCAAGGUUGUUACCGACCUUGUCCAGGAGUCCUCAACCAUCCUUCAAAUGACCCAGGUCGCCGCCCUCUGCAACGAUGCCCGCCUUGAUUACCACUCACACACUGACAGCUACUCCAACGUCGGCGAGCCUACUGAAGGUGCCCUUCGUGUUAUGGUUGAAAAGGUGGGCCCUUGCGCCCCUGCUGACUGCAACCCCAAGGACCGUGUUCACUAUGCCAGCUCUUGGUACGAGAAGCAGUUCAGCCGCCUGGUCACCUACGAAUUCUCUCGCGAUCGCAAGAGUAUGUCAGUGCUGGUGCAAAACGGAAACUCUCAAAAGCUCUUUGUCAAGGGCGCCCCCGAGUCGAUCAUUGAACGCUGCACCCACACCCUUGUUGGCCGCAAUGGAAAGAAGGUCCCCAUGGACCGCAACCUGGCUGAUCUUCUUCUGAAGGAAGUGGUUGAUUAUGGUAACAAGGGUCUUCGUGUUAUCGCUUUGGCUAGCCGUGACAACGUUCAGGGCGAGUCUCUCCUGCACAAGGCCAAGUCUACCUCCGAGUACGCCCAACUGGAACAGAAUCUUACUCUCCUUGGUCUCGUUGGUAUGCUGGAUCCUCCUCGUCCCGAGGUUGCUGGCUCAAUUCAGAAGUGCAAGGAUGCCGGUAUCCGUGUUAUCGUCGUUACCGGAGACAACCGCAACACUGCUGAGACCAUCUGCCGCCAGAUUGGUGUCUUUGGCCCUGACGAGGAUCUCACUGGAAAGAGCUUCACUGGUCGUGAAUUUGAUAAUCUGAGCCACAGCGAGCAGCUUGAGGCGGCCAAGAACGCUUCUCUUUUCUCCCGUGUCGAGCCCACUCACAAGUCUAAGCUUGUUGACCUCCUUCAGUCCCUUGGCGAGGUUGUUGCCAUGACUGGCGAUGGUGUCAACGAUGCUCCUGCUCUCAAGAAGGCCGAUAUUGGCGUUGCUAUGGGUUCUGGUACUGAUGUCUCUAAGCUCGCAGCUGACAUGGUUCUGGCCGAUGACAACUUUGCCACCAUUGGUGUUGCCAUCGAGGAAGGCCGUGCCAUCUACAACAACACUCAACAGUUCAUCCGGUAUCUCAUCUCUUCCAACAUCGGCGAGGUCGUUUCUAUCUUCCUUACCGCUGCUCUUGGCAUGCCUGAGGCUCUUAUCCCUGUUCAGCUCCUCUGGGUCAACCUCGUCACCGACGGUCUCCCGGCCACCGCCCUGUCCUUCAACCCGCCUGACCACGACAUCAUGAGACGCCAGCCCAGAAAGCGCGACGAGGCCCUUAUCGGUGGCUGGUUGUUCAUCCGCUACCUGAUCAUCGGCACCUACGUCGGUCUCGCCACUGUGGCCGGUUACGCCUGGUGGUUCAUGUUCUACUCUGAGGGUCCCCAGAUCAGCUUCUACCAGCUCUCCCACUUCCACCACUGCAAGACUGAGUUCCCCGAGAUUGGCUGUGCCAUGUUCACCGAUGUCCGGGCCAAGGCCGGCUCUACUGUCUCCCUUUCUAUUCUCGUCGUCAUUGAGAUGUUCAACGCCAUGAAUGCGCUGUCAUCGAGCGAAUCACUGCUCACGCUUCCAGUGUGGAAGAACAUGAUGCUUGUGUAUGCCAUCGCUCUGUCGAUGGCACUUCACUUUGCCCUGCUUUACACCCCUUUCUUGCAGACUCUCUUCUCUAUCUUGCCUCUGAAUGCGGCUGAGUGGAAGGCUGUGGUGGCCAUCAGUGCGCCAGUUGUUCUCAUCGACGAAGUGUUGAAGUUUGUGGAGCGCAAGUUUUUUAUGCAGACUCCAGUGUCGAGCUCUGCGGUGGUCUCUAAAGAUAAGAAGGAUCUAUAGAGGAGUUACAGGAGAAGAAUUAGAGAAGACAUAUAACAAGACAAAAAUGAUAUUUGGGUGGUAAAACCGCACGUAUUAAACGAUAUUUAAACACUGUACAUGAAACGUAAAGAUAUAGCAUUGCUUUAGCACAGAUACCAUUGACAGAUGCAAAUUGCAUUUCCCAUCUUCUAUGAGGACAAUUCUUGUUUCGG